AUGCCUUCCGUUCGCGACGUCUCGGCCGAGGCCUUCAUCAGCGCCUACUCGAGUCAUCUCAAGAGGUCGGGUAAGUUUCAUGGCGCUGGUAGCAUGGUUCGCCUGCGGUGCGAGACUGCUGGCCGCUGCGUCGCAUACGCCCACGCCCGCCCGCGCCUGGAUGCUGACUGCCUGUGCUGGCUGCACGACUACAGGCAAGAUCGAGGUGCCGACUUGGGUUGACAUCGUCAAGACCGCCACGUCCAAGGAGCUCGCACCUUACGACCCUGACUGGUUCUACAUCCGAGCAGGUGAGUGAUUGCGUCCGUGCUGCCGAUCGUACCUCGUCGAGCUGCCCGCCGCGCGCCUGGCGACCCGCAUCGUGCGAGGCCGUUUUUUUUCGCUGCCGCUGCGCGCCUACUCCACCGCAUGCUUCACGUGUGGCCGGGCCCGCUGUCAUUGUUUCGCGAGCACCUGUCACGCACGCUGACCCGUGGCACAUUUCCUCCGCACAGCCGCCGUCGCUCGCCAUAUCUACCUUCGCAAGCACGUCGGUGUUGGGGCCCUGCAGAAGCUCCACGGUGGCGCUGCUAACCGUGGCAACCGUCCUUCCCACCACGCCAAUGCCUCGGGUGAGUUGGCCUGGCUAGCUCUCCGUGCCCACCCAUCCGGCUCACGCCAUACCAGCACCAAAGUGGCGUACUCAUCCCCUCCUGAUUUUAUUUUGUCUCUUCGAUGAAUAGGAUCCGUGGAACGAAAAAUUCUCCAAGCCUUGGAGAAGAUCAGUGUGCUCGAGAAGGACCCCCGAGGUGGCCGCCGUAUCUCCCAGGAUGGUCAGCGUGAUCUGGACCGAAUCGCAUCAGCUGUCAUCGAGGCUGCGCGUGAGGAGGCUGACGAGGAGGAUGACGAGGUCAGUCGACUUUCUCUGCUUGCUGCACUUCCGUGCGGAAACGGUUGGCGGGCUCCUGCGUCAGGGGAGUGGUCGGGUCGCUUCCCUCAGCCCCUUCCUUUGCCUACAGCCUUGGCCUUUCUUACGGGUGGCCAAGACGACCAAGCAGCUGACACCGAACUUUCUCUUGUGCCCUUUCUGCUUCUCAGUGA